GGCAGCAGGGUGCUCACCUCCUCCCACGCACACAGCUCGCUCCCACUGCUCCCUGCCCACACAUCGGCGUGCAUGAGGGCGCGGGGCCUGCGUCCGGGCUGCAGGAUGCGGCUGCUCCUGGAGGCAGCGGUUCUGUGCCUGACCCUGUGCCUGGGGCACAGCACCGAGGAAACCACGCAGGAGAACACCGCCCAAACGUCCUACACAGAGUCCUACUUUCCGGAGUGGGGCAUCGGGGCCAUCCGGGACAGCUUCGAGACGGUUAACAGCUACUUUGACUCCUUCUUGGAACUGCUCGGGGGGAAAAAUGGCAUUUGCCAAUACAGGUGUCGAUACGGGAAGGCUCCGAUGCCACGACCUCACUACAAGCCCCAAGAACCAAAUGGCUGCAGCUCCUAUUUUCUGGGGCUCAAGGUACCCCAAAGUCUAGAUUUGGGUAUCCCUGCCAUGACCAAGUGCUGCAACCAGCUGGACAUUUGUUAUGACACCUGUGGAGCCAACAAAUACCGCUGCGAUGCCAAGUUCCGCUGGUGCCUCCAUUCCAUCUGCUCUGAUCUCAAGCGCAGCCUUGGCUUUGUCUCCAAGGUGGAAGCCUGUGAGUCCGUCGCAGACACCGUGUUCAAUGCUGUCUGGACCCUGGGCUGCCGGCCCUUCAUGAACAGCCAGCGGAGCGCCUGCAUUUGCAGCGAGGAAGAGCGAGACGAGCUAUGAAGCAGAGCAGAACCCCUGGCCUUCACGAGCUGCUGCCAACGCUCCCUCUCACACACGGCGCUUCUCAGUGACUUCCAGCAGCCCUCUGGCCAAGCAUGGGACACAGGGACCUUGGCCAAGCAACACGCAUUGGCUGCAGCUUUGGAGCAGAAGGCAGCAAAAGGAGAGGCAGCCUGUGCAAGUAGGGCAGAGAUGCCUGCUGUCCUCCGCAGCUGCAGUUACACUGCCCUAUCCCUUUCCAGCUCUAUCAGAAUGAUCUGAUGCCAAUUUUCUCUGCAGACUGAUCUGGAAAGGCAAGCAGGACGCAGUGCUGGUUAUAAACAAGGGGCUUUACUUGUUUGUUUGCCACUCUGCUAGUAUCCCCUGCCCCUUAACUUUCUCAUUUGCAGUGUGAAGCAUUAGGCCUCUGCAGCCUCUGACAAUCUCAGCCUGUGGCCACACUAUUUACGUUUUUCCAUCUCUGGAGACUGAAGGAGAGGAGUGAUUUGCUCUCAGUGUGAUGCUCACAUGCACCCCUCACAUUUUCUAUUCUAUCAUUACACACUCUGACUACUCUGCUUAUUUAAUACUUGAUGAAACAAUGUAAAACACCCAGGGGUUUGGCAACAUGAGAAGGACUCGGCGUGUUUGUGAUACUGGUGUGUUUCAUACCUGGGCAGAAGAGGACCAAAGCCCAUCUCAGAUGUGCAGAGCACUAAUCCACAGCUACUCUUACACACCUACAGCACUCUCACACAUUCUCAGGAGAGGAAGCUGCAUUUUUUUUUUCAGUGACUCCCAGACUGUAUCUGUUUAAUUAUUUUCUUCCUGUAUCUUCUAGCAAGCUUUUCUUUCUGGAUCCCUGUUAACACUAAAUGGCUGAGUACCCAUCUCCAUCUUUCACACAAAGGACACACAAGGCUCACAGUUGCCUUGGAUGAGAUUUUCCAAACCCCGGAGGCUUAUCUGUUAGAUGGCAGGGCUUACUUGCUAUCUUGGUGGGUGCAGAGACGCUGCCAGCUGAGAGCAAUCAGUCAUCUCAGAAGGCAUUCUUUAAAACAUGGUUAAUACUUCCAUCUGCUAUUGGGAGCUUUUAUUAUGUUUAAAAUGAGAAUUUAAGAUGGUAUGCAGAAUUUCAUCAACAUAUAACAUUUGCAGACAUUUUUCAACUGUUUUUCUUGCUGAAAGGAAGUUGCUAUUGGGUGUGCAUGCCACGACAUGAAAAUUCUUCAGUUUCCUGCAAACAUAUUUAUGGCUAUGUUCUUCCAGCUGUCACAGGAAAGUUAAGGCUACAGAAGGUAAUAUAACAAGAAUAGAAAGUCCGUUUUCAUUACCUUUCUUCUAGUUUGUGUUUAAAUGGGUGUGUGGAGCUAUAAAUUAUUUAAGCCCUGUAUUCCUAUUCUUGCUAGUCAUCUUUGCUUUAUAGUGAACAGCAAUGAGAAUCAUCUGGUCCCAAAUAGCCUGCAACAACAAGAGUCGUCCAAGGUACAAAAACAGGGAAUUGGAAGUGAUAGUAUAAGGUGCACUGAGAUGUCUUCCAUAGAGGAGGACCUUCAUUCAUAGUUGCAAUGUCAAUUGCAAUGACAUCCUUUCCUGGCUGUGCUAAUGCCAGUGGAGAGUGAAUACUGCACUGCCAAGUUUCACUGCAGCAUAUGUCUAUCAGAGCGCGAGGCUGGACACGCUCAUAUGCCAUCUAAGAAACACGUUCUUUUGGCUAGGAAUGGGAAGGAAACCUUUCUCAUUCCGAACACUUCCCAAAUGUUGCAUUUCAUUGGUGAAAUCAUGCCUGUUGCCAGUUCUAAAUGUUAGCACACUCUUAUGACACAAUUUAAAUAAUAUGUCUUGUCAAACUCAGUAACCCGAUAACAGAUUAAAGCCAGGGCAAGCAACUGAUAACAGACAAUGACAUACACUGGAGGAUUCCAAGGGUUCUGAACAAAAUCUCUGUCCACAGACUGACACUUCGGAGACACCGCUAACAUAAAUAAUUCUUCCGUGCUUUCAAACUACCAUUCAUAACAAAACAACUCAGACUGCUGCUGGUGGGGCAGCUAUUGAAGAAGCACAUUUUUCACUACAAAAGUAAGCUGUGGGAAUAUGAAAAAAAGCCACGAGCAGCUCAACAGGAAAACUCAAAACUUCAAGUGGUGGCAGUGACUCAGGGAUAGAAAUGGUGCAUGAAGUAUAGUAAAAUGUCUGCAGCUGAACAAAUAAUGGCUUCCCCUCCAUGCCGCUCCUGCUCCUCAGCAGUGUGCAGCCAUUGGAACAUGGGACUCCGCAGCUCGGUUCCCAAAGCUUGGGUCAUCUUUGUUUCUGCUCUGAACAGGACAAAGAUAGUGUGCUUACCUGGAGGCUUCCUGUUGGCUUCGCGCUUUGGCAGGAUGACUUCAGCUCCUACUGAUGUUUGAGCUGGCUGGUCAGCGUGCUCUCUUCCAGCAGCAGUGCCUCAAACAGCAAUCUCUGCAUCUCCACAAUGGACACAAACAUGGACUGGAGAUGGCUCCUCCUGAACAUCUACCAUUCUGACUCUCAUUUCAUAUGAGAAUGCAGCGACAUCAGCCAGAACGCCAGCUCCAUGUGGCAGGCAGCACUGACACUGCUUGGACUUGGAACCACACUCAGCAGUGCCCAGGGGCCCUCAGGAGCACCAGUGUGGUGCCUUCCACACACUCAGUGCCUGCUUUUGCAGUGUGGUUGUUUCUGCUCCGUGGUGUGGGUGAUUAAAUUAAAUAGAAGAACAAAUCCCUUGGCUCUUA